UUUAAAAUAAUCAAGAUAAGAGAGAUUUCGUUCGCUAUGUCGACUGUACGCAUCUGUCGAUUAGUCAACACGGUCAUGAUCAUCGGUAGCCAAGAUGUAUCCACUGCUAGACAAGGCACGGGAGUGAUAAUAAGCGAUCAGAGCGCGAUGCGGCCGGGAAGAUUAAGCCUCGCAUUGAGCGCCCUGCUGGGGGCCUCGGUGGCAGGCCUCAGCCUCGGUCUGGUCUGGAUUUUAUACCGGCGAAGGCGAGGGUCGCCCGGCGGCGCCUCGCAGGACCUCGUGCCCUCCAGCCGUGCCACCGUCGUCGACGUCGCCGUCAACAUCGCCACGUCGGCGACAUCGAAGCUCUCCCGCGGUCACGACGAGAUGGUGCAGCAGCUGGGGACGUUGGCGGACAGCCUGAACGAGGCUCGGGCGGACGUGCGGCGGCUACGAGAGGGGCUGCCCGGCAUCGUGGAGGAGGCGGUGGCGGCCGGGUCGGUCCGCCGCCGUCGCCGCGGUCUCCAGUCGAGCUCCAGCAGCAGCUUUUACACCGCCAGCCCCGGCGAGACAUCAUCGGGCAGUGAUUCAGAAGAUGAAUUCGGUGACACAGUGGAUGGCCCAGGCCAGGCGAUGAUACUGCUGGAGGAGGAGGAGCUGUAUUUUGACGAGGAGUUUGAGGAGCUGGUGCAGCGAGCAGACAGGCUGCAUGCGGCGGGCCCAGGAAGCUGGAACGAGGCUUUAAAUGCUCUCAUCUGCGGUCAGAACAAGUUUGCCAGGCGCGGAGCGUUUUGGUGGCGGAUGGCCCGUGCCUCCGGGGAUAUGUGUGAAAUUACCGAGGAAAAAUCUGAGCGGCUGAUACACGCGCUCACCGGCAAAGAGUCCGCAGAAAAGGGGCUCAAGUGGAGAAGUUGCAUCAGGGAAUGCCGCAAAUGGUUUGCUAUCAUUUGCUUGGACUAUCUGUGGGAAUUACAGACGACUCAGCACCAGAUGAGAGACAGCUUUUCUGUUAAGAGGCACCUGGAGCAGACUCUGGCCACCAACCCCUCGGACCCCGAAAUGCUGCACCUGCUUGGCCGCUGGGGCUUUGCAAUGGCCAACUUGACGUGGAUUGAGAGGCGAGUUUGCAACAGCAUCUUCAAGAAUUACCCAACGUCCUCUGUGAAUGAAGCUCUUCAGUAUUUCCUUAAGGCUGAAGAACUCCAGCCGAACUUUUCCAAGGCCAACCAGGUGUUCAUCGUAAAGUGUUGCGCUUCACUAGGUCUGCAGGAGGAGCUGCAGAGGUGGACUGCGUCUGCUCAGAAGCUGCCCGCUCUGACUGCCCAGGAUCGCAGAGUACAGCAGGACCUGGAGCACCUGAUAUCAGCGUCAUCUCAGUCCGGUGGUUCCACACUGCUGAUGAGCUGAAGCGGUUCCCAACUCAACCACGCACCACCCGCGUCACCUCGAGGACCCAGCAAUCACGUACUUCCUGCUCUACUUUGUUGACCUAUAGAGCAGGACACAGUCCAACGCAUCCCCAGUGUUGGUUAAAUCAGCGGUCCUCAACCUCUUCAGCGACGUUUGUUUUUUUACUCAUUUUGGCUAGGGGUUAGCUUGUGGGCUUUACCAAAACUGUGACUGAGACAAGCGCGCAGUGCGGGAAAGAGGCGCGGAUGGAAGUGGUAAAUAAUAAAAUAAUGGGGGCGGGCCACGCGCGGACUCACCGCUCACUUCCUGCUGUGUGGCCCGGUUCCUAACAGGCCACGGACCGGUACCGGUCCGGUUGGGGACCCGUGGGUUAAAUGACAGCGAAGGCUAUCAGGGACAUUGUGAAACAGGGAAAUGGGGCAGAAGAGUGGUGGUGUGCACUGGGUGUGGUAAGAAAGUGAAGAUGGCUAGAGAGAAAUAACCUUUAUUUGCAGGGAAAGUUAGGGUUAUUUGGGGCUUGCUGUUCAACCUCACUGGACCCGUGAAGAGCCAAAGUCAAGUGGUGUUCACAGGCACCUUCUUGGCAAGCAGCAAUGAGCAGCGUUAAUUUCACUACCGUAAUUUAUUUCAAUCGCGCUUACUCGUUCGGAAUCUCAUGCUGCUGCUGCCACUGCAAAGAUUUUCACCAAAACCACCCUCUCCAGAUCGCAGGAGGACUCUCCUGCUAGUAGUCCAUGAGUCCAAACCAAAUAUUUCACUUGUCGGUACCACAUGAGGUGGCGCAACUGUAAAUGUUGUGAUAACCACUCAAUACGAUUGGGUUAUCAAAACAUUAACUCUUAUUAGCCAUAUAACUCAAUCGGUGCUAUUAAAGUUUUGCUACCUUAAUUGGUGCCGAUUUCAGCUCUUCCCAUGGACUAUAAAUAACCACUAACCCAAGUGUUGUUUCCUCAUUGGGCUUUGUGUUGAGAAAUUGUUCUCUCAAAGCUUUCGCCACCAAACUUUGGAUUACAGUCGGCUGUGAAAAAUGUAUCUGUAAGAGACCCCUUAAAAUAUUUUAGAAACCGAAUUUAUAUCAAAUGGGGACGUACCUGGUUAAAUAAAACUAAGUUUAGUUUAAAAGUUGUUCCCCAUGAAAAUGUUUGAAUGGUUAUUAAGUUGACCUGGUAUCGUUAAUUUGUUUGAGCUUUAGUUUCUCACCUGAGCGUUAUUUUGAGAUGACUUAUCCACUGCACUUGGAGUGAAGCUGCACUUUUUUGCCGAGUGCUUACAUUUUGUCGUUUGAGUAUUUAAUCUGAAUGUCUUGGCAUUUAUCUCAGGUUAUUUCCACGUGUGUUUGUAUUAAUAGGGUUCAGCAUUGCUUACUUAAAAGUCACUGAAUGAAAGUUAGUAAGCUCUUUUAGAUUCUCAGGUGAUAUAACCGAUUAUGCGAAUUAUGACUAGCUGGCUUGUCCUUUAACACUUGAGACUUGUUUCCGUGGUAUGAAAGUUGUUGGUGAUUUGAACCCUGCUAAUCAGCACUUAAGAUGCAAACCAAAACAACUAAUGGUGCAUAUUUUGUAAAUGCCUGUGUAGGCUGUGUCCUGAACCAUCCAACAUGAAGUUGGUCCUUUAUUUAAAUUAGAAAAUACCAGUUCUCUUCAUCUUGAUACUGAAUGUUAUCCCGAUUGUAUUAUUGCUGAUGCACCGUGAAAUGAAGAAUCCACUUGGAACUCGAGUGAUGCAGCGCACCACGCCGUGUUAAAUGGUCCACAGACGUAGAUGCCACAGAACUGCUUUUGAAAAUUCAAGGGACCUCUUAUUCACACUAGGGGGCAGCAUUUUUCCACCCACCCUGCUAAACAGAGAUUUGUUGCAGGAUAACUGAAUCCAAUAUUUACAAUUCUCACAACUUGAAUUUAGUCACUUGUAAUACCAAAAUAAAUAUUUUUGUUCAGGCCUUUGUGUUGUGGCCAGGUUGAGACCAUUAACUCACUACACGUAAGAAUCCCAGUUUCAGCAGAGGCAGCGGAGAAUCUAAUUUGAACACAGGAUCUCAGCGGAGCUGCAUCAGUGCAUGAAACGUGGUCACCUCGGUCAGGAAACACUUAAAAAGCCUCGAGCAUUCUGCCGAUGUCACCGUCACAGCUAUGCAGUGAUGUCACGUGUUGGCGGCACACUCGAGUGCAACUUUGAAAUUUUUCUUUAUAUUCACCAAGCUUCAAGCUUGUGUUGGACAAGCUAGGAGACGGUGGCUACAAAAGCUUAUUUUCGUUCUUUUAAACCCAAAGCAGUAACAGCAGUUUGCACUUACACCAUCAACAGUUAAAAGCACAUUCCGAAUCGGUAUGCCGCAGCGAGCAUGGUGGCCGACGCUU